AUGAUCACGGAUAGCGACCCGAACGGCGAGCGCGGUUAUGGCUUGCCAAAUCCUCUGGUGGAAGAAUGGCUUCUAGACCACUACGUCCGCUCAGUGCCGCUGCUCUCCGACACUGAUACUUUUGAGGAGAUCGAGGACGUAGUUAGAAAAUACCAUCAACUACCAUUCCGUACUAGCGGAGAAGCGCAGGAGCGCCUCGCAUCGCAUCAUUGGAAGGACGGUGGUGGUCCGCAGCUACCUUUGGCUCUAUAUGAUCUCUUACAGAGGGUCAACGAGGUAUACCCAUCCCAAGAUGGGAAGCAGAUUCAACUCAAGCUAUGUGUCCUCGCUCACCAAGAGGUCAAAACCGUUCGCUGUUUCGAGUUCGAUCGCCUCCAACAACAUCCCGGGGAGUUACCAUUCACGGGAAUCGCUAAAGGCCUACAAGACCACUACUGGCACCUUGAACGUAUCCACCGUUCCAAGAUUCGUAGUAAUCGCCAGACAGAACAGGCGGAGACAUGGGCCGCAUGCAGCGUCGCGUAUGCAAAUUGGGAGAUCGCAGACUGUUCACGAAAGCUCCAGAGAGACCCCGAUCUAGUAGACGUCGCGCGAAAGGGAAGGGACGGUAUGAUGCACCGGCUGCAGGCCUACCCAGUCGGCGUAGAGGUCGACUUGGCUUACACCGUCGCGAUCAAGGGUCUCUUGCACGAAUUGGUUCAUCGAUUUGGCGAUGUGCAUGGGGGACGUACGUUUGCAAAUAUGCGAGUAUUCUCGAGCAACCCACCAAACCGCAACCUGGCUCUCGACGCGUGCGACUCGGAAUUCGACGUGCACCUUCCCGUGCUGUUGAUCAAUCACCAAUCUCAGGCUUCUAGAGACAAGCUCCAGACAGAGACAAGGAAUAAGCAACGUGUGGCUGUGGCUAGCGCAGCUUGGUUCUUUAGAACGAUGGGCAUAGUAGACUUCCCUGUCUACGGCCUCGCUGUCUGCGGUUCUCGGGGAUACCUCACCCAAGCAUGGUACUCAGAUGCCCACAAUUGUUGCUAUCUCGUUGACCGCAAUAUCCUCGAGAACCCACUUGACCUGGAGGCAGAAGAUGGGGAACCUCGGGUAUACAACUUUUUGUCACGGCUGAACGAGCACGCCAAGCAGUUGGAGGAGCAUUUCAACGCGAGCAGGGAGCAGGUUUACGCUCGCGCGCAGAGCCAGGACAGCGAGGCCAAACUGCCGUUCCUGGACUGGACAGCGUUGUCUCAGAUGGAGCAGUACCAGGGUGAAUUCUCGACGUCGGAUGAAGACGAAUUGUAG